CAUAUAAUUAAGAAAAAGCUAUGCAGUGUCAAGUAGUUUUUAUCUGUCUCAAAGUAUGAUAUAUUCACAUGUAAGGAAUGCGUAAUAUGUUAAUGGGGUCUUUAAAACUCAAACUUACUCAAAUGCUUAGAAAUUAAUUCUUUGUACAAAUUUCAACAUUACUGAAUAAACUAGCUUGUGUGUGUGUGUAUGUUUUGGCCUGGCCAGGGACAGUUCCUGCCUUGCACCUAGUGCUCACUGGGAUGGGCUCCAGCUUCCUCCUGACCUUGCUCUGGAUAGGAGGGUUUGGAUAAUGGAUGGAUGGUAGGAUAAAAUAUACUGGGUUACACAUUGUGUUAAAAAAAAAAGACAAUAGACAAAACGUUUUAUUUCUAUUCGUUGAAAAAUGGGAAUUGUUCUCCAGAAGGGAGAUAAGUUUUUUUUUUUUUUACGGAGCCGAGAUAACUUCGGAAUGUUGCGCUUUACAUUUAAAGGUCUCCCUGUGCCUUCCGGGCAACCUUUUAAUUGCUGAUACGGAGCUCCCUUUAAACUCCCGUCUUCAGAAAUUAGCAACAAGUGACCUUGGCCUUGGCGCUAGUUUGAAAAUAAAGAAAGACAGAAAAAAAAAUCUGGUAGUUCUGCCAUUCUUCAGAUACAGACACACAGACUUUAAGCUGUAGUGCACAACGUUCGUUUUUAAAAGCGAGUAUGAAAAGAGAAAACACCAGGUGACCGAAGCUACCACAGGGUGGUCAAUAGUGUUGACGAACACUGGCCACACCCCAACGAGAAGCCCCCCCACUUCUUAAAUUAUUGCCGUAACAGUAACUGACUACCUUGCCUUUCAACUUCCAAACUGAGUCGCUGGCAGUGUUUCGUUUCAGCGAACCACGAUAUAAGCUGUCCUAACUGUUGUUUAUACAAGGCUCCUUCUGAAACAUUUUUCAAAUUUGGAUUUGAAAGGACAAGUACUCAAAACAAUGGAUGAAGAACAGAUUCUUGGCUCUCUUCCUAAGUACAGAAGGCUGGAUGAAACGGGCAACUUGAAGUUUGGCCCUCUAAGUAUGACAGGGAAAGCUUAUGGAACUUUUUUAUUUGAAAAAAGAAAUGGCAGCUAUGAUUCUGCUUUUCAGAAGUCCCCAUCCAGCACAAUUGACAAUUUAAAGUAUAGCACUUCUGCCAGUAGAUCUGCCAGUAGAAAAAGGCGACUUGAUGAUUCUGUUUUAGAUGAAUCAAUUAAUUCUCCUUUAACCAAAGAUAUUUUAUCUCCGCCCUGUUGUAGUUCUCCAAAAAAUCCAGAUAAAGUUAUUCCUUUCUCUCCUGAUUUGGCCUGUGUUUUGGAUUCUUUUGAAUCUUUUUCAGAAGAGAACAAACAUGGCACAGAUUUAUCAGACAAAAAUCUUAAAAAUGGAUUUUUAAAUAUUAAAACGUUAACUCAAAUAGCUCCGAAAGAUAAUGUAAACUUACUAAUAAGUAGAGAGUGCAGAGUAAAUGUUUGUUGUCCAACAUUAGGAAAUAGUGAAUUAAAUAAAUCCAGUGAAAACCUGGCCAAAAAUUUAUUUCACACAGUGUCAGCUGUUAGUCCAGAACCAGAACUGCAUUUUGAAAAUGAGAUUGAUCAGUUUGUGUCUGUAAAUCCUACUAUCGAUGAUGCUAAUGAAAGCAUAGAAGAGUUUAUAGAAAGUUGUUGCAGUUUUUUUGAAGAAAGCUUAAAUAAUGCAGUUAACGAUAAUGAGAGAGACUCCUCUAAUGAAGUUGUUUGUCAGAUAGAAAGUAAAUACGAGGAUCUGUUAGGUGAACAGGGACAGGGCUGUAUAGAACCUAAUAAAGCACAUAAUGAAAAUAAUACAGUGAGUCAGUCAUUACCUCCUGUCAAUCAAGAAAAUAGAGAUGUUGAGAAAGUUCUUGAAAAAAGCAACAUUGCUAAAACUGCAUAUAAGUCUGUUGAUAUACCUUCUAGUGUACUAAAAUUGGAUUCUGCGGAAGCAUCUAAUGGUGCAAUUCCUGAAUCGCAGUUGCCAGAAUCGGUAUGUAAGACUUGUUUGCGGGAUGAUAAUGAAAUAUUGGAAAUCCCUGAAGAAAAACACUUAAUAAAUAAGUGUAAUGGUGUACGAGAACCUGGAGAUCAUCUUCACCUGGAGAAUCAACAUCCUUCUGAUUUUUUUCACUUGAAGAACAACCUCGUAUGCAAUGAAGUUAAAGACAGCCAAUCUAAGGUGAAAUCUGUCACGGAAACUAAGACGAAGAGCUUGCCUGCUGGAAAUAUUGAGAACAAAGAAAAAAUGAAAUUGUGCAGCGUUCUUGCAAAAGAAAGCAAAAUUGUAUCUAAAGAAACCGAUUUAGAACGACGAAAGCGGAUCUACUUGCAGUGUGUAUCAAGCCAUAUUUCAGAUAAAAGUAAACCAAGUACAGGUGUUAUAGAUGAGCUGCUUACCUUGAUGGACUCCGUAGCACAAAAGGAAAAUGAAAUUGGUGAAGGCCAUUGGCAACACCCAUCUGAUCUAACGUCAAGAAAUUGCUUCAGAAAAAAUGGUUCUAUACCUAAGAUAAGUCUUCAGGAGUGGCAAAACAGAAAUAAAAAGGAUUUCAAACGGUUUACAUCCAUUCCAAAGAAAUUUCUGCGCAGUACAAUUCCUAAAAAGACUCCACUUUGAAACGGCAGCACUUAUCGUGAAUGAACUACAGAGUAUCUAUUUUCAGAUGUGUAUCUUAGAUUUAUGAGAAUCUCUUAAUCACUGACUGUUUUGUGCGUUGUUGCACGGUUUUAAAAAAUAAUGAUGGUUUAUUGCCUGAGUUUAAGAAAGCUGUGUUUUAAUGUUCAAGUUGAAUUUAUAUUAAUGCAGAAUACCAUGUUUAACCAUGCUAUAUAACAGUGUGGAUAAGAAUCCAAAAAAUAUGUUAUGGCAUAAUCUGCUCAUUUCCCAGUAGAUCUGGAUGUUGUUGGGCUGCACACCUUUUGAAUGUUGUUAGGUUCUGUAGGAAAUAAUUUAUAUUUUAAGCAAGCACUUAAUGUUGAGUUUGUAUUUAAAUAAUGAGGUUUGUUCUGUUUUUUUUUUUGUUUUUUUUUUGUUUACUUUGCAAGUACAGAAUGUUGGGUUUGCUGUGUUUUAUAUUUAAUAGUAGUGAAUUUUGUUCUGUUUUUGCGCUGUUUUGUUUUGUUACAAAUAAUAAAUCUAAGGAUUUCAUUAUGGCCCUGUGUUUGUUCAAAUUAUGUACAUUUAAAGUACCCCAGUAUUAAAAGGUAUUCAUUUAAGCUAUUUUGCAUUUUCAAUGUUAUGAACCAUAUUUAAUAAAUUAAUUUUUUAGCAUUAAUGUACUUUAAAAGCAAUUUAAAAUACAUUUGUGGGGAUUGUACUCUUAUUACCUUAAGUAGGUAGGUGUGGAUAGAAGUGUGUGUAUUGAACUGUUAAAAUUAAAUGUUCAACAAUGAGUGGCAUAUAACAGCUUCAUCAUAAAAGACCUUUACUGAUAAAUCUAGCAAGUAUUUCAUCUCUUGAUUUUUCAUUUGGUAUAUCAGUGUAGAAUCAUGCAUUAAAUGUUUUGUAAUAGAGUUUGAAAUGUUAAAUAUUAUGCUCUUUAUAGUACCUGUGUACUUUAAUAUUGUGUAAACAGAAGAUAAACAUACUUUUAGAAUAAAUAAGCAUUUGAAAAUGGCAUUUUAUUAUGUUUAUUUAAAUACAUUAACAUUUUUAUAUACAGUCCAGCCUUUAGUCUCAUUUGUGCAUAUGCAGGCAUUUAUGGGACAUUUAGCUUUGAAU